GCGUCAGAGCGGCACUAAGGCGGCGGCUGGGGACGUCCUUCCUCACUCCUGACUUCCGCCUGCCUCCGGUCUGGAGUCGUGGCCUUCCCGGCUCGUCCCCCUCAGCCUGCGGCGCCCGACCAUGUUUGGCCUACGGAGAAACGCGGUGAUCGGCCUGAACCUGUACUGCGGCGGCGCUAGCCUCGGCGCGGGCGGCGGCUCUCCGGCAGGGGCGCGCCUGGCGGCCGAGGAGGCCAAGGCGCGGCGCGAGGGGGGAGGGGAGGCCGCUCUGCUGCCCGGCGCGCGGGUGGUCGCCCGGCCGCCGCCCGUGGGCGCCGAGGACCCCGACGUCACCGCGGCGGCCGAGAGGCGGCUGCCUAAGUCGCCCGGCCUCCUCGCCGUGCCGCCGGAGGAGAUGGCCGCCGCCGCCAUCAUGUCUCCCGAGGAGGAGCUGGACGGCUGCGAGCCGGAGGCGAUCAGCAAGCGGCCGGCCGUGCUGCCCCUGUUGGAGUGCGUGAGCGAGGCGGCCAAAAGCUCCGGGGCGGACGGCUCGCUGCCUUCCACGCCGCCGCCGCCCGAGGAGGAAGAGGACGAGCUGUACCGCCAGUCGCUUGAGAUCAUCACGCGCUACCUGCGGGAGCAGGCGACCGGCUCCAAGGACUCGAAGCCUCUCAGCGAGGCCGGCGCGGCGGGCCGGAGGGCUCUGGAGACCCUGCGGCGCGUGGGCGACGGCGUGCAGCGCAACCACGAGACGGCCUUCCAGGGCAUGCUUCGGAAACUGGACAUUAAGAAAGAAGGCGACUUUAAAUGUAUUUCUCGAGUGAUGAUCCAUGUUUUCAAAGAUGGCGUAACAAACUGGGGCAGGAUUGUGACUCUAAUUUCUUUCGGUGCCUUUGUGGCCAAACACUUAAAGAGCAUAAACCAAGAAAGCUGCAUCGAACCAUUAGCCGAAAAUAUCACAGAUGUUCUUGUAAGGACGAAACGGGACUGGCUUGUCAAACAAAGAGGCUGGGAUGGGUUUGUGGAGUUCUUCCACGUACAGGACCUAGAAGGCGGCAUCAGAAAUGUGCUGCUGGCUUUUGCGGGUGUUGCUGGAGUGGGGGCUGGUCUGGCAUAUCUAAUAAGAUAGCCUUUCGAGUGCAAUAGGGGACUCUUAAAACUCCAGCCACCAAACUACAUGCUUCUGUGAAAACAAGUGUAUUUAUGAAGGUGGACUUGAAGCUGCCCAGGAUUUUUACAGUCCAGUUCUACUGUAGCAACAUAGCAGAAAGAAAGUGGCUACAGGAUUGUGGCUAACAAGAAUAAAUACAUGGGAAAAGUGGUCCUUCUGGAAGAGUCACUGUCUGAAUGAAGCAGAGUUUCCUCCGGAGGCCAUGGAGGAGGACUUCUAGAAUGAAUGACAGGGGUGGAUGGAGGAUGGAAAGCUUUGGUUUCCUUGUCUGGAGAUGAAGCGGGGCCAGUCAUCAGGCUAGUCAGAGUUCAAUAAAUAUCCAUUACUCUGCUCAGAGUGUGGAGAGAGAAGCCCUAACAAUGUUGGUGACUUGUGUAAAAUGGAUUUGUAACCUCCAAGUCACCAAACUGGCUCGAAGCUGCAGUGCUGUACAAGAGUGUGAAGGGAGGCUCUCUGAGUAGUUCCGGGUGUGCUUCUUGAGUCCAAGUGCUCAGGACUUUUGGACCUGUCUACUUUGGCUUGGUUUGGAUGAUUCUUAGGUUUAUUAGCCUAGUGAUGGCCAAAAACUACUUGACUAAUUAGUUACAAAACUGAACAGCCUCGAUUUUUAAGAAAACUUAUGAAAUGUAUUUGUCUGUAAAAAUUGUAUAUAUUUUUACAGAAAGUCUAUUUCUUUGAACAUAAGAAGGAAGUCUUGGAUUUAGUUUUUUCCAUACCCGUUUUGAAAUUUGCAGCUUCUCUAGUUAGAAAUGUAUUUCUUACAGCUUUUUAAAACUCUGUCAUCCGUUCUAGUGUACAUGCAGAACAGGUUGUGUGAGUGUGGGCUGGUUGUAGUAGAACAAAUCAGAUUUAUAACUAUGCAGGGUUAACUAUUCAAUCUGCUUUUGUAUUUAAGAGGCAGAUGUGUAAGACAUUUGAUCCCCUGUUGUUGACUUAAUUGUAAAGUGGUUUGGUAGUCUACUUUUUUUUCCCGUUUUUUUGAGACAGAGUUUUCCUGUGUAGCCCUGGCUGUCCUAGAACUCUGUAGACCAGGUGCCUGCCUCUGCCUCCCAAGUGCUGGGAUCAAAGGCUUGCACCACCACUGCCUAGCUAGCAGGCUAGAAUCUUAACCAUGGUGCUAUUCACAGGGUUUACUUGUUUAACACAAGUUUAAGCCUGGUGUCAAUAAAACAAAUAUGUAUUUCUUUUCUACUAAUGAUUGCCAAGCUUUGAGUUUCUGUAUUGAUUGGUCUCUGGGUGUAACCUUUACUUCCUCUCCUCCCUUACUGUUGAGUUGUCAUGCCUGUCCCCCUAUAGAUAAUAGCCUACAUUUUCUCCCUGUGCUCUUUACUGACCAUUUUAGUUAUCUACAUUAGAACUCUCACCCCAACCCCCAAAACUUUGAAUCUAAGUAAUCCCUCCCCCAUCCUAAUCAGAGUCAGCACAACUUUAUUGUUGGAGGACAGUAACACUUCCUCUUUGAGCCCUGUGACCAACAGUAACCAGGUAUGGGUAUUCUUGGAUUGGCAUGUUUUCCAUUGUUACUUUAUCCUAUUUUGAUAAGAAAAGCAUCAAAGGUCCUUUGGGAAUUGCUACAAGUAUGAAUAUGUUCGCUUAAGUAUAGAGAAACACAGGUUUUUUGUUAAACCCAGUUAUACAAAAGCCACUGGUAAACUGAAGGUGUUUAAGCUAGGGUCAUUUGAAAGCUUCAACCUCAGAAUAUGAUCUUUAGUCAGGGCUGCAGAUAAAAAUAGGCAUGAAUCAAAUGACUAAGAAUGUAAUGGGGAAGAAGUGCCCUGCCUGCCCAUCUCAACCAUAGGCCAUCUUGUUGGAGCAAUUUGUACCUAUGUAUUUAUCCUUGAUCAUAGUUUGCUUAUUUAUGUUUAUCUCUUUGGACUUAAGAGCACUUUAUGUAGUUGAGUAAACCCAAUGGUUGAGGUGACUAAAAAGUUGACCUCUCAUCCAGUCAUGGAAGUUUCGUUUACUAGGAGCCUGACUUCCCAGCUCACGGGGUGAAAGCUGAAAAACAGACAGGAUCUUAGUAGGUAUUUUAGGUCCAGGGCCAUGAAGACUUGGAGAGCUCAAGUGGGGGAAGGGAUUGGUUUAGAGGGAGAAGAAGCAUGUGGUCUGAGUGCUGGCUAGAUGAAGAGUUGAGGCACAUCCUCCAAAGUGAAGAGGGAGGAGCUGCUUGGGAAGAUGGCUCAGCAAAUUCUUUUUGUCUUACAUGUCUCUCAGGGAAAAAACAUGCAAUCUUCAAGCAUCUUCCAUGUAUAUUCUGUCUGGGUGAACACCAUUCUGGUAGAGCACCUAACACUUUUAACAGCUGUUCCCGAAAGGGUUAGGACCAACUGCAAGUUGAUGUCGGUUGUAAAUGUUUCCCUAACUUCUGUUUCUUCUGAGUUAAAAAAUAAACCUUUUCCUGCCCCAAA